AUGAAAAGAAUAAUAAUUUAUAUAAUAAUAUUGAAAUAUAUAAAAUGUGUAGAAUCAUUAAGAAGAUUUGGAUUUGUAAAUUUAAUACCUAAUCAAAUAAAUUCUUUAACACAAAUUAAUACAAAAUCAUUAAUUAGAACAAAAUUAUUAAAUAAAUAUAAUAAAUUGAAUUAUAAAAAUAUUUUUGCUAAAAAUUCACAAUAUGAAAAUUGUCUAUCUGAUGAUCUAUUUGAUUGUCCUGGAUUCAAUCAUAUUUUUAAUCAAUCAUAUGUAUUUUCUGGAGAAUUUGAAGAUUUGGGUGUGAAUAAUUUAUUAUCUCGUGAAUUGGAUUAUAGGAAAUAUUCACUUGAAUCUCAUAAAGGUUUAAAGAAGUUUAUGGCAGUUGUACUUUCAGCUGUAGCUGUAGGAGCACUUUAUAAAUUUGCUACAUUUCUAAAAGAUAUUAUAGAACAACAAGUUAUUGAUUUGGUAUCUCCCGUUACGGUGUGA